GAUAUGACUUGCUCAAAAGUUGAUUGCUUUUAAGCUAACUUGCAAGUCUUUGAGUUUGUUUCACUUUAUUAACCAUUUGUGCUUUUAUUUUGUGUAUGAUUCCAACAGCCUGCGAACACAAAAGGAAAGCAAAGCUCAAGAUGUUCUUCUCCAACCAAUUCUACUUUUAGAGAAUGUUUUCAGUUGAAGCUCAAGACAGCUCAAGAAGAUAGCCGCCAAUCAUCAAGAAUGAGAUAUGUUCGAGAACCUCUAGGAAUUGUGGAGACUCAACCCUGCUCUUAAUUGGAAGACUACAGUGAAUAAGAAGACUAGAUUAGUUUAUUGAGUAAUAUGCGAUGGCGCCAUCCUUCCCUGCCACAUAUUUAUGAUCGUGUGAAGUACUAAAUGAAGAGGUGCAUCUAUUUGUUAAGUUCCAUUUAGUGCAAUGGUUGAGAGCAGGUUCACCAGUUGUGUGAUAAAUUCCAUCCCUCAAAUCAAAUAGGUGCAUGGGUAGUUCCUAUGAAACAGGUCACUACUAGGUAUCAGGAGCUUAAAGAAAAAUGGCAGAUAUAUCUCACAACCCAACUGUUGUUCAGAACGUAGAGGUAGCUAACCAAUGUCAACUGAGCUCGAAUCUUUGUGAAGAUGGCCAAGCUAUGUCGUACUCAAGGCAUUUCGUCUUUGAAAACUGCUACAUUACUUGUUUGAAAGAAUGCCAGAGCAGCUUGGAUCUUCCAUCAAUUACUGAAAAUGCUGCACCAGUCAUUGUGCAAGCUCCUCCAAUGAAAGGAUUUGCUAGUUUUGUGGUUGACUUUCUCAUGGGUGGGGUUUCAUCUGCUGUCUUAAAGACUGUAGCUGCCCCCAUUGAGCGUGUUAAACUGCUGAUUCAAAACCAAGAUGAGAUAAUAAAGUUAGGUAGGCUAUCUGAACCUUACAAGGGUAUUGGUGAGUGCUUUAGUCGAACCAUCAAGGAUGAAGGUUUUGUUUCAUUGUGGAGAGGAAACACCGUCAGUGCAAUACGAUGCUUUCCCACCCAGGCUCUCCUGAACUUCACAUUCAAAGAUUACUUCAAGAGCUUCCUGACUAUCAAGAAGGAAUGUGAUGGCUACGCGAAAUGUUUGGCUAAUGAUCUCAAGGCUGCUAAGAUGGGAGGACUAUCCUCAAAGGACAAGAGAAAAUUGUCAAUGAAUGCAAAGACGAUGAACAUUCUUUAUUGCUCCCUUGGACCCGAUGAGUUCACACGUGUGUGCCCGUGCAAAACGGCCAAGGAGGUAUGGGAUUUGCUUCAAGCCAUGCAUGAAGGCGACACCUCCACGAAGCAAACCAUGUUGGCCCUCGGAAACUCGGAGUAUGAAAGUUUCAAAGUUGACCAACAUGAGUCAAUCCAAGAUACCAAUAGAAGGGCCGAUACCCAACGUGUAGCCCAAACACCAUACCUGGGAGGCGCUAGGCCACUAGAGCUAAGGGAAGUGUUGGCAGUCCUGGCCUUGAACCACGAAGUUCUGGUGGGGGAUGCGACCGGGGAACCGGCCGGAGGGAAGGCUGGACCAGCAGGCCUUGAGGGGAAAAAGAAGAAGGUCAGGCGAUCCCAAAAGAAGAAGGCGACCAAGCCUAACGGGAAGACUAUGCUAGAGGAUGAUCUGUCCAGGUUGGACGAGGAGGAUGAAUCGUUCUCUUUCGAGCAAGCAUCUGCCUUCGAUCGGCUGGGAGAUCCCAAACUAAAAAAGCCACGAACCUCCGCAUUCGACCGGUUGCAGGACACUCAGUCGGCUCGAAACGAUGACAUGAGGGACAAACUCAGGGAGAGAAGAGAGGAGUCCUUAGCGACAUCCAAGGCUGACCCAGAAGAGCGACGAAAGGCGGUUGAGGAUAAGGAGACGAUCGAGUUAUGGAGGAUGUAUGAUCGCCUAGAGAAGCGACUGGACGCCCAGAAUCCAUACCGCCAGGCGGUGUUCAGUGAGGUAACCCCCUUCUCCAAAAGGGUGAUGUCUUGUCCUCUCCCGGAUAACUUUAAGACCCCUCAGAUCAAGGCAUACAACGAGACGACCGAUCCCCAAGACCAUCUCGCUCGCUUCGGGGCAAAUGUGGUUAUGUACGCCUACCCCGAAGAGAUCAAGUGCCGAAGUUUCCUAGCAACACUGGAAGGGCAAGCUUGUGAAUGGUUCCACAAGUUGCCUAAGGGAUCGAUCGAUAAGUGGAGCGACCUGGCCCACAAAAUUCCGGAGCACUUCGCAUCGAGCCGAAGACAGAAACUCCCCUUCUCACACUUGCUCAAUGUGAAGAUCCGAAAGGGGGUGCAGCUCCCGGAAUUCAUCAAUAGGUGGGAGGAGGCUAGGGAUGUCCAGGGGGCGGACGACCAGGCCCUGAUCGCGAUGCUCCAAGCGGCACUCCCUCAAGGGGAUGUGCGCAAGGAGCUGCGGCGAAACCCACUCCCUACCUAUCAGGAGAUGCUAGCCAGGGCGAAAUACUUGGUGUUAGAAGAAGAGGAUGAUGAUGCGCCUGUCCAGAAGGAGAAAAGGGUGGGCAGCCAGCAGGAGAAGGGAGGAAAAGAAAAGAUUUUGGUAGGGGACCAAACCCUACAGGGUAUCAGGCAAGCAAACCGCCUGUCCAUACAGUUCAGUCUUUACCGGCCCCUCCUCAUAGUCGGGAAAGUUAUAGCGUCCAAGACGCACCCAAGGCCGCCAGCUCGACCGGAAAGGCAGGCACCUGGAAACAGAACGUGGAGGAGACCAGCCGCUGCCGACGCAGCGAUCACCAAUGGGGAGGGGCAGGAAGAUGGAAGGCGACAUCUGGGGAGAGAUUGUGAGGACCUGGAUGAAGAUGAAUGGUGGAACCGCCAACCUCUGGGAUGUCGGUUCAUCAUGGGUGGAAAUACCAGAGGGGACUCGGCGUCCUCACGGAGGAAGUGGAAGAACAUGGUCCACUUAGCAGAAGUACAGAGGCCACCGCUGCCCAAGCGGAAGAUGAAGAUUACCCACCAGUCCUCAGCCCCCAUCAGGAUGCACUGUCGGUAAAGGUCCGGGCCUGUGUCUCGGUCUUCUUUGAAAAUUUAUAAUUGAUCCCGUCUGUAUGCGCCAAGUCCACCUCGUUGGUUUGAAGGAGAUGUGGAGUAUGAGCCUUUUAUUCUGAAAUGACCACACGUCCAAAUGCAUGUAUCAAAGCCCAUGGGUGGGCCAUACCCACAUGUGAAGUAAUGUCAUGCAUGCUCCUCAAUAAUCAAUAUGGGAUUCUCUA